GAACUAUACACUGGUUAUUUUAAAAUACAAUUCCAAACAGUGUCUAUUCUGUGUUAUUCAAUAUUUUUAUUUUUAAGUGUCAUUUUACAAUAUUGUGUAUUUACGUAUACUUUCGAACAAAAGGGCGAGGAGACUGGAAUAUUUACAAAGGGAGUCUGUAACGUACAUUCACAAAGGGAACUCACGUCAAACGACUUUGUAAACAUGAAGACAAUUUGGAUCAUCGGUGGACCGGGAUGCGGCAAAGGAACUCAGUGCGAACGUAUUAUCGCGAAAUACGGGUUCUAUCACAUAAGCAGCGGUGAUCUCUUGAGGGAGGAAGUCGCUAGUGGUAGCCCUAGAGGCGCUUCACUUCAAGAGUUGAUGUCUAAAGGUCUAUUCGUUCCCACGGACAUUGUGUUGGACCUCAUAAGAGAACGGAUGGAGAAAGCUAAAUCGGAAGGUGCGACGAAAACUGGAUUCCUUAUCGACGGGUAUCCUCGUGAAUUAGAACAGGGACUUCUCUUUGAGAAAAACGUCUGUCCCGUUGAUUUAAUAAUUUUCUUCGAUGUCUCGAGUGAAACGAUGAAAACAAGGCUAUUGGGUCGUGCAGCCGUCUCGCAACGAGCUGACGAUAACGAAGAAACGAUCAAGAAAAGGAUCGAAAUAUUUAAUGUUAAAAACGGAGAGAUUGUUAAACAUUACGAAAACAAAGUUGUCAGGAUCAACGCCGAAGGUACCAUCGAUGCUAUAUUUGAGCAGGUGACGAAAGCAGUUGAUCCUUUGUUAGCUUAAUAAAAAUCUCGUGCAACCUAUUUUAGAAUCGGUUAAAAACUGCAAGUGAUUUUUAGUGGUUAUUAAAGUUCCGAAAUU